AUGGAGAGAUUACGGGAUGAGCAGGAGGCAGUGCAGAAGAGGACGUUCACGAAAUGGAUCAAUUCCCACUUGGCAAAGCGUGUCCCUCCUCUGGUGGUGAAAGACCUGUUUGAGGACAUCAAGGAUGGCGUGAUGCUGCUGGCUCUGCUGGAAGUCCUCUCUGGAAAGAAGCUGCCAUGUGAGCAGGGGAAGAAAAUAAAGAGGAUCCACUGGGUCGCCAACAUCGGCACAGCUCUCAACUUCCUUGAGGGUAGGAAGAUCAAGCUAGUCAACAUCAACUCCACAGACAUUGUUGACGGACGACCAUCGAUCGUUCUGGGGUUGGUGUGGACCAUCAUCCUAUAUUUCCAGAUAGAGGAGUUAACUAGCAGCCUCCCAGCACUCCAGGCCAGCAGCACCUCCUCACUGGACAGCUCCACCAGCAGCACUGACACCACCAGCCCGCCUGUCAAAAGGAGACCCCUCCCUCCUCAGGGUGGAGCCAGGAAGGCCUUACUGAGAUGGGUUCAGCAGACAGCCACCAAACACUUGGGCCUCGAGGUGAAGGACUUUGGCCCCAGCUGGCGCACAGGUUUGGCAUUCUUCGCAGUCAUCAACUCCCUCCGGCCCAAUCUCGUUGACAUGGAACGUGUACUGAGGAGGUCCAACUGUGAAAAUCUGCAGGAGGCCUUUUUAUUGGCCGAGAUGGAGUUAGGCAUUCCACAGCUUCUGGACCCAGAAGAUGUUGAUGUGGACAAGCCGGAUGAGAAAUCCAUUAUGACAUAUGUAGCCCAGUUCCUGAAGCAUCAUCCUGACCAAGGACAGAGCGACGCACACAGAGAGCCAGAAGAAGAGCGAGAGCAGCGAAAGAGCCUGAGGGAGCUCAAAAUGUGUCUCGACCAGCUGGAGAGAGACGCAAUACAGACUCAGGAGACCGAGGGCAAUCUCGCUCAACAGUACCAGCUGUUCAAGAGUCUUCGUGUCCAGUUGGAGAUGAGGAGGAAGCCGGUGGAGGGAGCCUUACAGUCCACUCAGAGAGACGGGAUUCUGACUGUGGAUCAGGCUCUGGUCAAACAAGCCUGGGAAAGGGUCUCCAACAGGCUCCUGGACUGGCAUUUGCAGCUGGACAGGUCUCUCCCCGCUCCUCUUGACACGGUGGGGGCCUGGCUGCACGAGGCGGAAGGAGCCCUGCGACAAGAGAUCGUCGUCCAACAAGCGCACGACAUGACAGCAAAGACCGUCCACAGAGCUCUGGAGCAGCACAAGGAUGUGUUGAAGAGUCUGAAAAGUCACCAGCAGGUCUUCCAGAGGAUCCAUAAGGACAGAAGUGUUGAUGGAGUCCCUGUUCCUCCUGACCAACUCCAAGACAUGGCUGAGAGGAUAAACUUUGUCUCCACAUCCUCUAGCGUCCAUUUGGCUAAGAUGGAAUUCCUGGAGAACAAACACCACAUGCAGGCCUUCCUCUCUCUGGCCGAGACCAAGCUCAAAUCCUGGAUCAUCAAAUAUGGCCGACAGGAGUCUGUGGAACUGAUGCUCGACAACUAUGUCUCGUUUGUGGAGAAGCAACAUUUCUUUGAAAAUUACGAGGCAUUCUUCCAGUCCCUGAAACAGUCUGCAGAGGCCUACGUCACAGCUGACAGCUCCGUGGAUGAGGGCGAAGUGGGGGUGCGCAGGUUCAUGCGGGAGGUGGUGACUCAGUGGCGGAGUCUGUCCAUGGAGCUUCGCAGUGUGAGGAGCAUGCUGGAGGAGGUGCUUUCCAACUGGGAGAGGUACAGCUCCACGGUGGCCUCCUUACAGGUCUGGCUGGAGGACUCAGAGGAAGCCCUGAGCCAGCCGGAAAACACUAAAAGGGAGUUUUUCAGGAACCUCAGCCACUGGAUGGAUCAGCAUUCAACCAUGAAUGACUCUGGGAAUUUUCUCAUUGAAACGUGUGAUGAGACUGUGUCACUUGAUCUCAAGCAGCAGCUGCUUCUGUUGAAUGGACGGUGGAGAGACCUCUUCCUCCAAGUCAAACAAUAUGCGAGAGAAGAUGAGUUGGAGAAGUGGAGAAAAGACCAUCUGAAGGCUGCUUUGGCCCUGAAAGUGCUGCUGGACUCAGCAGAGGUCAAACUCAAUGCUCCCGUUCAAGUGUCUUUCCUCAAUGUCAGAGGCUUCCUACAGGACGUGGAGAAUACCAGGCAAAAGGUUGUUGCCAUGGAGACACAAUACAAGUUGGCAGCCCGCAGUGCUCAGCUUGUUGCCAAGGAUGCAACACAGGAUGAGGCUGCCAGGGUCAUGGCGACUAUGACAACAGCCAAAAGUCAGCUGAGUAAGGUGAGAGAGCGAUGCCCCUCCCUAGUGAGGGAGUGUCAUGUCCUUCUGCCACUGUUGGAGGAGAUGGAGAAACAUAUCACUGCCUUUUACCAAGCCCUGGAGCGAGCCAGUCGCAUCACUGCUGCUGCAAGAGACCCAGACUCACAGGCGCAGGCCCAGCACAAACAAAAGUGGCAGGAUUUAUUGAACCAGCAGCAAAGCUGUAAAAGAUGUCUAUCGGUGAUUGAGAGGAAUCACCACACCCUGCAGAGGACGCUCUCCAACAGUAAGAUGCUCCGAAACUUCGACCUGUCACUGCUGCAGAAGAGAGUGGCAGAAAUACAGAGCUCAGCACAGGCUUUGUUGAAGGAGGUCGGGGACUGGAGAAGGCAGGAAGAGGCCGACAACUGCCUGAGGAGAAGGUUUGAGGAAUCACAACAAGAGCUGGAAAAAGUGCUGAAGAGAGCUCAGGGCUGCUUGAGAGAGACUGGAGAUCCUGAGGAACUACUGAAGAAACAUACUGAUUUCUUCGGACAACUGGAUCAGCGCGUGCUGAGCGUGUUCCUGAAGGCGUGUGACGAGCUGACUGACAUCCUACCGCAGGAGGAGCAAAAGGGGCUGCAAGAAACUGUCCGCCGGCUACACAAACACUGGAAGGACAUCCAGGGCGAAGUGCCAUCUCACCUGCUGCGUCUGAAGGUGGAGGUGGAGCACAGUCGAGUGGCUGUGAUCCUCCAGGACUGCAGAGCUGAGCUGGACAGAGAAAUGCGAGCGGUGUCUGGCACCUGCACCAGCGAGCGAGUGAUCAGAGAACACAGAACUUUCUUCAGGGAACGCAAACCUCUGACUCUGUGCGAGAAGAGGAUUAGGAACAUGGAGGAUCUGUGUCGUAAAUUGCCUGACAACGACCUGGCUUAUCGAACACUAGACUCCACCAGACAGGCUGUCGAAAAGGUUACGGAGCAAAUUAAAAACACCCACCUCAAACUGGAGCAGCACCCUGAUAAAUGGAAAGAGUGGAAUGAGAGGUUCUGUGAACUGUCUGAUUGGCUCUCAUCUCAGAGGAGGCAGGUGAGGCUCCUGAGAGAGAUGGCGAGAAAUUCCAGCCAUCAGGAGGAAGUGGAUGCGGCUGUUCAGGCUCUGCAGGAAGCAGUAGAUGCCCGAGAGGAGAGCUUAUUGUGGCUGAAAAGCCUCCUCGCUGGGCUGUCGGAGGUUAGCUCUGAACUGGAGUCACAGUGGGAUGAGGAGGGAUCUGCCAUGUUUGAGUAUGAGGAGCUGAGGGAGGAGGUGCGCGGUGCACUGGAGGAGGUUCUGAGUGCACGGAGGGAGGCAGAGGAGCAGACCAGCAGGAUCCUUGAUGCUGAGGAUCUGGAGGAGGCAAAACAACUUUACCAAAUUCACCAGCAACACCUGAGGCGCCUGCAUGCUAACAAGAGAGAGGCAGAACUUCUGGUGUCCCACUGCCGCCAGUUGCAGAAAGGGGAGGCACUCAGUCCCUCUCUACGGGAACUGGAGGGAACCUUCAGAGAGGUCGACCGCAAAGAGGAGGCAAAGGAGCACAACCUGCAGGCCACCCUGAGCUCCUGGCAGAAUUUUGAAGCAGAGAGGGAAAUUAUUCGGAGGUUUAUCAGCAAUACCAGCAAUGAGCUGCACAGAGAACUGAUAUUCAACAGCUUGGACAGUUUGAGAACUGAAUUGGAACGCAAUAAGGAGCUCUUCACGACGGUUGAGGAAUGUUGUGUGAGAGCAGAUCUCCUCUCAGAGAAGGCAGCAGAUAUUGAGCUUGGUCCAAAGAAUCAGACUCUUCUGCAGCAGGCCCAGUCCACCAGAGAAGCAGUUGCACAAGUUCAAGACCACCUCAACAAGAAUGUUGUCCAGCUGGAGAUGAUGUGUGUGUGGUGGGAACGCUUCAGCAGCGAAUCAGAGACUCUUUCCUCUUGGAUCAAUGAGAAGGAGAAGGAGCUUGAGGCCAUCAAUACCACAUCCUCUUUUGAUCCUUUAGAUAAAAACAUCAGAAUAGUGGAGGAGGUGGGGAAGGGUUUAGAGGAGAGGAGGGAAGCCCUGGCCCACAUGGAGGCCGACUGUGAAGCCCUCUCUCGCUUUGUGACCCCUGGAGAGGCUGGAUGUAUCCGGGCACGACUUACCCAGAUGAGGCGCUACUGGGAAGAGCUGAAGGGAAGAGUAGAGCAGCUGGGAGGACAGCUCAACCAGAGCGCCUCCUAUAGGCAGAGAUACAAUGAUAACCUGGAACAGGUCAAGAAAACCAUGAAUGAUAUCGAAGAGAAGCUUGACCGUCCCAUGACAUAUUGUUCAUCAUCAUCCGAGACCUACAAAAUCCUCCAGAAUCACAUGGAUGUCUGCCAGGCCAUUGAGCAGCUGAAGCCCAGGCUGAUGGCUCUGUGUUCAGCCAUGAAGAGGCUCAGAGAGGGCAGUCAGCUGGAGGAAGAGGUGGAUAACCUCCAGAAGCAACGAGGACAGUUUCUGGAAAAGGCUGACGAAAAGCAAGCUUUCUUAGAGAGCCUUCUAGCACUGUGGCAAAGAUUUGAAAAAGAGAACUCGUCCAUAAAAAGCUGGCUGGACAGGUGUGAGACUGUUUGUUGUCCUGACACCGACCUGCUCUCUGCAGACAAAGUCAAGAUUAGGAACGAACUACAAAAUGUACAGGAAAUGCAGACAGAGUCACAGUCCUAUGAGGUUCUUCUCCAGGGUCUUGUGAAUCUUGGAUUGUGUCUGUAUCCCACGGCCCCUGACGCUCGUAUCCAGGAGCUCAGUGAUGUUCUCGCACGACUACAGGAGCGAUCCACCUCAGUGAAGAACAGCAUAUCACACAGGUUUCAGUUGCUGGAGUCACAGUUGUCACAGCUCGAGUUGUUCGAUCAGGCGUUGCUGACUCUGAACCAAAGGAGUGAAAACUUCCUGUCUGUCUUGAGAAGCUCUUCACAGGUUGAUAUCGCUGAUCUCGAGGCUGCAAUUACAACGCUGAAGGAGCAUGAGAUGCAACUACAGGCUUAUGCAUCGCUGAGAGAGACACUCCAUCAAAGAGAGUCAUCCCUGCUUCGCUCCUCUACCCCAGGAGCCCAACAGCAGCUCCAAGGCUGGAAGGAGGACAGCUUACAGCCCCUCAAAGAAUCCCAGCGUCUCCUGCUCCUCCGUAAAGAGGGCCUCACUGAGCUAAAGACUUUCUUCGAGAAGCAUGGCACAGCGGCUGAGGUUGUGCACCGCCUCCACGAGGCCGUGGAGGGCAGAGGGAGCUGGGACCGCUCCAAGGCCGAAGAGCUGCAUCACGGAAUAGGGGAAGUGGCAAAUGACGUGGCUCGGCUUGAGGCUCAGGCAGUCAGGUUAGACGGGCAGCUGAGCAAGGCACACCUGCACCUGAGUGGGGCAGAGUGGCAGGGCUCCAGAGACACAAGCCAUCCUCAGGGAAGAACGUCUUGCAGGGGACAGGCAGUGGCCCUCACAAUGGCUCUGGAGGAAGUGCAGAGGGGUGUGGGGUGGAGACAGAGUGAAGCAGACGCUUUAGGGGCCCUGUGGAGCUCCUUCAGGGAGAGGAGGGAAGAGGUGAUGAAGAAUUUGAAGAAACUGGAGGAUGAAGUGACGCAAGAGAGGCCCAGAGAGAGCUCUGUGCAGGCCUUUCAAAACAGGCUGCGUUUCUUCGUCCAGCUGGAGGACGAGCUCCAGUCCCUGCAGCACACUCAGCAGUGGUUAGAGGAGAAGGGAAGCCAGCUGGCCCAGAGAGACAGUGAGCUGGCUGGGGAGGCUGUCAGGGAGGUAGCCCUGGUGAAGACGGCGUGGGAGAACGUCAGGACUCUGAUCACCAACGGUCAGGAGCAGAGUGGAGCUGUAGUGGAUCUUCUCCGUCAGUUCCACCAUCUGAAGUCGAUCCUCAGCACUGUGGUGGAGAAUGCUCAGAGUGUUGCUCACAACCUGCCCGACCACAAUCACAACGCUCAGGAGGCCAAAUGGACUUUCACCCGGCAUGAGACAGUCCAAGCGGAGCUGAGAGAGAAGCAGCAGGACAUGGACCAGCUCAUCAGUUCAGCUGAAGACCUGCAGAGAGAGCUGGAGAAAGUCCCCACCUCUGAUUCGUGCUCCAUCCAGAGAGACAUGGAGACAUUAAGAGACCAGUGGUUGGGGGUCUCAGAGAAAAUACAAACCAACGCUGAGAGACUUGGCUACUGUGUGGCCCUGUGGGACGACCUCAAGGCCAUGGAGCAGGACAUCAGCCAGUGGACGGCCACCUCCGUCGCUGGGCUCACAGACAGCUUCACAAAUCUCAGUGACAAGGAGGAGAUGGAGGCCCAGCUCAACACCUUUCAGGCUGAGGUUGAGAAGAGGGAGCAGAAGCUCGAUGCCCUGCAGGAGAGAGUGGCACAGCUGAAGGAGCGAGCCAAACUGCAGGAAACCCCGUUACAAAUUCAGGUGGAUACGGUCCUGGAGUCAGACCUGCGGAAGAAAAUGGCCCAUGCUCAGGAGGCUUACAACCAGGCCAAACACACUCUGACCUACUUCAGUUUUCAAAAGCAGCGACUUGAGGACCUCAUGUCCCAGAUGGCCGAGCGGCUGGAGGCGGUUGAGGGUUCCUUAUCUGACCUCACUGAAGCUACUUCCCCUGAAGACAUUGGUACUGUCAAGGACCUGCAGAGCACUGUGCAGCAACAGAGGGCAGACAUGGACUCGGCGAGAGAUGCCCUGACCGCCCUGUGCAGAUCGCAUCCCUCCCAGGAGCUGUCCGUCCUCUCCUCUGACCUCACCUCCAUUGCGAAGCGAACGGAGGCUGUUGCUCAGCGCUGUGCCAAGACCAGGGGCAACCUGCAAGACGAGCUACAGCUCCACUUCAACAAGCUCGUCCAAGGCUUCCACUCGUGGCUGGCAGAUCUGAAGUUGGAGCUGAAAGAAUGUUCAAACCAAUCAGGAGAUGUUGCCGUCCUCGGAAGCAAGUUACAAAGGAUUAAGGUGUCAGUCGAGCAGACGACAGAACAUGAGGAGCGUCUGUCUCAGGUUUGUGAGGAGGCAGAGAGGCUGCAACUCCACCUGCCCAAAGCUGCAGCAGCACAGGUCCAAGAGCAUCUGUCCUCCUGUAAGAGGGAGUGGAGGAACUACCUGAGCAGCUGUUCUCAGAGCCAACGAGACUUGGAGGAGAGUAUUGACCUUCUGAAAAACUUUGAUAAUUGUGUGGAGGGUAUAAGAGACUGGCUGAAGCAGAUGGCACUCAGCCUCAAGAGAGAGCCUGUUUUUGGGGAGGACAGCCAGCACGGAGGCCCUGACACCACUGAAGAACUGGAGAGGAUGGAAAACCUCCAUAAGGAGCUUCUAGCAAGAAGGGACUCUAUUGAGCGUGUCUGCCAGGAGGCCCAGUCUCUGUCUGAAGCAGGCCGUGGGUCAGGAGGAGAGGUCAGAGUGACAGGCCAGCUCCAGAUGGAGCUCCAAGCUCUGCUAAAGGCAGCCAGGGAGAGGCUGCGGGGCUGCCAGGAGAGUCAGGCCUUUGGAGAGACACUCCAGGGAGUUUGGGCCUGGCUGGAGGAGAUCCAGGAGAGGCUGGGUACAGUAGACAGCACGAUGGGGACCAAAGAGCAGUUGGAGCAGAGGCUGGAGACCGUGCAGGACAUCCUGCUUUUGAAGGGUGAGGGCGAAGUCAAGCUGAAUAUGGCGAUGGGUAAGUGUGAGUUGGCCCUGCGCAGUUACGGGGCAGCUGGACAGGAAGUGGUCCGCUCUCAGCUUCAGGAAGUAGAAGAUGCCUGGGCCACGCUGCUUGUGACUGCCAUGAGUUGCCACAGUCGACUGGAGUGGACCGUGACACAGUGGGGAGGAUACUUGGACAGUGCUGCCCAGCUGCGGUGCUGGAUGGAGGCUGUAGAGCGGGAGGUGGGUGGCCCACUCAUUCCGCAACCUGGGCCCAGGGAGAAGGCCUCUCAGCUCGAGAGACUCAGAGCCCUGCUGGCCGAUCUUGAAGACCACCAGGCAGCGCUUACAAGCCUGGAGGAAAAGGCCAGAGAACUUUUCAAGAAGACUGGUGAUGCCAGCUUUAACCAUGGUGCUCGAACACAGCCGCAGGCACAGUUUGAUGACCUCACGGCUCUGGUUGAGGAGAGAGUGCAUCUUGCACAGGCCGUAGUGUUGGAACACCAAGAAUACCUGGAGGCUGUGAGGGAGCUCACCGACUGGCUGAUGACCGCAGGAGAGGAGCUGCAGCAUUGGUCUGAUACAUCAGGAGACUCGACCUCUAUCAAAAAGAUACUGUCAGAAGUGAGGGAGCGUGUGGAGUGUCGGUUACUGGAGGGCCGAGAGCGCCUCAGCCGAGUGCGUCGGAGUGCGGCGACCACAGCGGAGCACACAGCAGCGGGAGGCUGUGAGGCCAUGGACCGGCAGCUGGGGGCGCUGUCACAGGCUCUGGAGCAGUGGGAGGGGGCCGCCCUGAGGGCCAGGGACGGCCUGGAAGGGGCCCUGGCAGCUGCCGCGGCUUCAGAGGAGGAAUACGAACGCCUGACCGCUCAGCUGGAGGAUGAGUUGAAAGAGUUUGAUGGACGGCUGAGGGGGUGGAGCCAGGAACUAAUUAAAGCUGAGGGGCGGAGCAACGGCGAGGAAGCAGUGGAUGGGUGGCAGCUGGCGAAGGUACAGUAG